CUGUAAAGUGGGACAACAGUAUAACAUAGACAAAAGACGCUGUCCCACUGUUGCUACUUUGCACCUCUUCUCUCUCUCUCUCUCUCUCUCUCUCUCUUUCUAAAACCAGAAAUACCGCUCGCUGGAAUCGGAAAACCACUUCUUUCACCUGAAACCACGCUUCGGUGAUAGAAUCACCGAUCGCUUCGAAAAUGAGUACCGGAGAGCUUCUCAGCAUCGAACCUCAGGAGCUUCAAUUUCCAUUUGAAUUGAAGAAGCAGAUCUCGUGUUCUCUGCAACUAUUGAACAAUUCUGAUAAUACGGUUGCUUUCAAGGUCAAAACGACGAAUCCGAAGAAGUAUUGUGUUAGGCCUAACACUGGAAUCGUGUUGCCACACUCUUCAUGCGAUGUUAUAGUGACAAUGCAAGCACAAAAGGAGGCUCCUCCUGACAUGCAAUGCAAGGACAAGUUCUUACUUCAAAGCGCAGUUGUUGGUCCUGGAGCUACCGCAAAGGAUAUCACUCCAGAGAUGUUCAACAAAGACUCUGGGAACCAAGUCGAGGAAUCUAAGUUGAGAGUUGCUUAUGUCCCUCCACCGCAACCACCAUCACCAGUGCGAGAAGGAUCAGAGGAAGGUUCUUCACCAAGGGCUUCGGUAUCUGACAAUGGGACUGUAAAUACACCUGAAUAUACUGCUGCUCCAAGAGCAUUUGUGGAAAGGGCACAUGUUGAGCCUCAAGAUAAUAAUUCAGAGGUAAAAGCUCUUAUUUCUAAGCUGACCGAGGAGAAAAAAUCUGCGCUUCAGCAAACUAACAAGCUUCAGCAAGAACUGGAGCUCUUGCGACGAGAAAGCAAGAAAAGCCGUGGUGGUAUUUCAUUCAUGUUUGUCGUCAUUGUUGGCGUGCUUGGCAUCCUUGUGGGUUAUCUUCUUAAGAGAACAUGACCGACCCCCUGGAGUUUUGCCGUUUGUUUGAUCAUCAGGUGUUAUCCCAUGUUUAAAAUGAUACAGAACUUUGAAGAAGACCAAUGUGUGAUCAACAUAGGACAAAGCUUUGUAUUGCAUUAGCUGUCAUGUAGUAAUUGACUUUAACAGACAUGCGCUAACGGGUUUGAUUUUGAUUUUCUUUUGUUUGUGUUUUUGAGUGUAAUUGCAUGGGCAAGACUGGAAGAGUAUUGUGUGACAGCUGCCUUGUUAACACGCAUCUCGGUAAUUUAAGAAGGUUCUCCAUCA